CUAUUAUUUUUUUAAUUUAUUAACAAUGGCUGCCAUUACUCAAGAAACCUACCAAGCCAGUGCCGAUUACCUCAGGUCUAAUUUGCCUGAGCAUUUUAAAACGGUUGAACUUGGUGUCAUUUGUGGUUCUGGAUUAGGUGGUUUAGUCGAGACGAUUGACCAAACUACCAAGGUCGAGUUUUCUUACAAGGACAUUCCCGGUUUUGUUUCCAGCACAGUUGCUGGACACGCUGGUAAGCUUGUAUUUGGUCAUUUAGGUGAGUCACGUACCCCUACUGUAUUUAUGGUGGGACGUUUCCAUUGCUAUGAAGGACACACCAUGUUACAAUGUACUUUACCCGUGCGUGUGAUGGUUUUGUUGGGCAUCAAGGCUCUUAUUGUGACCAAUGCAUGCGGUGGAUUGAAAGACGUACACAAGGUAGGCGAUUUGAUGAUCAUCAAUGACCACUUGUCUCUUCCCGGUAUGGUGGGCAACAACGCUUUGAUGGGCCCUAAUAUUGAAUCCUUCGGACCCCGAUUCCCAGCUGUUUCCGAUGCAUACACAUAUGCACUCCGUAAGUUGGCUUUUAAGGCCGCCUUCGAAGUAGGUAUUAGUGAAAAGGAUAUUCGUGAGGGAGUGUACGCUAUGGUCACUGGCCCCAGUUUUGAGACCAGAGUGGAAGCACGUUAUUUAGCCUCCAUUGGUGCUGAUGCUGUAGGCAUGUCCACCGUACCCGAAGUCGUGGUUGCUCGUCAUGCCGGUGUCAAAGUAUUGGGCAUCAGUUUGAUCACCAAUGAUGUGGUGAGAGCAAGAGGAAAAGAUGCUAAACUAGAGGUCAUGCGAGAAUUGGGCUUAACCCAACAAGUCGAUACUGAAGAAGAUACCGAAAAAACUUUUGCAAACCACGCUGAGGUAUUGGAAACAAGUGCUAUGCGAUCCAAUGACAUGCAACGUAUGGUCAUUCGUUUCGCUGAUCUUUUAGCUGCCUCUCCCCAAUCGUUUGUACGAGCAUUACAGUUCAAUGCCAUCUUUUUUUUCUUUUUUUUUCUUUUUUUUCUGUUUUACCCACUUUUUAUACAAACUACAAAAAUGUACAACUUAUCAAAGGUUGCCCACCAACGUCUUUUCCCUACCUUGGCACGUAACACUGGCGUUCUUUCUACCGCCAACCGUGCUUACAGCCAAGCCGUCAAUGGUCCUGUCAUUGGUAUUGAUUUGGGUACUACUAACUCUUGUGUCUCCGUUAUGGAAGGCAAGAACCCUAGAGUUAUUGAAAACGCUGAAGGUGCUCGUACUACUCCUUCCGUUGUUGCUUUCACCAAGGAUGGUGAAUUAUUGGUUGGUCAAGCCGCUAAGCGUCAGGCUGUUGUCAACUCUCAAAACACCGUUUAUGCUACCAAGCGUUUAAUCGGUCGUCAAUUCAAGGAUCCCGCUGUUCAAGCUGAUAUUCCUGCUGUUUCAUACAAGAUUAUUGCUCACAACAAUGGUGAUGCUUGGGUUGAAGCCAACGGUAAGAAGUACUCUCCUUCUCAAAUGGGUGCCUUUGUUUUGGGUAAGAUGAAGGAAACUGCUGAAGGUUAUCUUAGCAAGAAGGUUAAGCAUGCCGUUAUCACUGUUCCUGCUUAUUUCAACGAUGCUCAACGUCAAGCUACCAAGGAUGCCGGUAAGAUUGCUGGUCUUGAUGUCAUGCGUGUCAUCAACGAGCCUACUGCCGCUGCUUUGGCUUACGGUCUUGAUAAGACUGGUGAUUCUACCAUUGCUGUUUACGAUUUGGGAGGUGGUACCUUUGAUAUCUCUAUCCUCGAAAUCCAAAACGGUGUCUUCGAAGUCAAGUCUACCAACGGUGAUACCGCUCUCGGUGGUGAAGAUUUCGAUUCUCACCUCGUCCGUCAUGUCCUCAAGGAGUUCAAGACCGAGUCUGGUAUUGAUCUUGCUGGUGACCGUAUGGCCAUUCAACGUAUUCGUGAAGCUUGUGAAAAGGCCAAGAUCGAAUUAUCUUCCACUGUCCAAACUGACAUUAACUUGCCUUAUAUUACCGCUGAUGCUUCCGGCCCCAAGCAUAUCAACACCAAGUUGACUCGUGCCAAGUAUGAAAUCCUCGUCGGUGAUCUUAUCUCCCGUACCGUUCCCCCUUGUGAGAGAGCCAUGAAGGAUGCUGGUAUUGCCAACAAGGACGUCAACGAUGUCAUUCUCGUCGGUGGUAUGUCUCGUAUGCCCAAGGUUGUCGAGACUGUCAAGUCCGUCUUCGGUAAAGAACCUUCCAAGUCUGUCAACCCUGAUGAGGCUGUUGCCAUUGGUGCCGCAAUUCAAGGUGGUGUCCUCGCCGGUUCCGUCACUGAUAUCUUGUUGCUCGAUGUCACUCCCCUUUCUUUAGGUAUUGAGACCCUCGGUGGUGUCUUCACCCGUUUGAUCAACCGUAACACUACUAUCCCUACCAAGAAGGCUCAAGUCUUCUCUACUGCUGCUGAUGGUCAAACUCAAGUUUCCGUCCGUGUCUUCCAAGGUGAACGUGAACUCUGUCGCGAUAACAAGCUCUUAGGUGACUUCAACUUGACUGGUAUCCCUCCUGCUCCCAAGGGUAUUCCUCAAAUUCAAGUUGAGUUUGAUAUUGAUGCUGAUGGUAUUGUCAACGUCAGUGCCAAGGAUAAGGCCACCAACCGUGAUCAAUCUUUGACCAUUGCCGCUUCUUCUGGUUUAAGCAGUGACGAAAUCGAGAACAUGAUCCAACAAGCUGAGGCCAAUGCUGAAGCUGAUCGUGCUCGUCGUGAUACCAUUGAGAUGGCUAACCGUGCCGACUCUGUUAUGAGCGAAACCGAAAAGGCCAUGGAUGAUUUCAAGGAACAACUCGAUAAGGCCGAAGCCGAUGCCCUUAAGGAAAAGAUCACUGCUCUCCGUGGUGAAGCCUUAAAGGCUCAAGCUGGUGAAGCCAACAUCAACCCUGAAGACCUUAAGGCUAAGAUUGACGAUCUCCAAUCUAGCUCUCUUAAGCUUUUCGAGAUGGUUUACAAGAACCGUGCCGCUCAAAACGAUACUGGUUCCGCCACCGACAACAACAACAACACCACUGGUUCCAACCCCCAAUAAAUUACUAAAUAUUAAAUAUCCCCUCCCCUUUCCGAACCCUUUUCAUACAUACACCCCUUCUCCUUUUUAGCUAUGAACUUGUAGAUUAUCUAUAGAACAAAAUCUUUCUAUACUCAAAAACUUAAAAAAAUAAAAUUGUAGACACUAUUAUUAUU